ACUGCAAGCUAUAAGGCUAAAAUAUUGAAGUAAUUUAGAUUUAUUUUCGUACACUCAAAAUUGUAAUCAAUAGUUAUCUAAUCCUUUUUUUUUAUUAUUAUCAUUAACUAAGCCAGUCACCUUGUACAUCAGUGCUCAAAGCUAUUAACUAGGUAGCUCACUCAGUUAUUCGUACUGCCCCGCCUGAGCCCACUUACAACAUAACUUGCGGGAAGCUUCACUCAUCAAACCUGCCAUUUGCUUCAACCACUGAAAAUACUUCUGGUUUUGGGCAGAUACUCUAGACCAGAGAAGAUCACCCCUCUCUUCUUAUCUCAUACUCAAGUCACCAUGGGGAACUGCCCUCACAUCAAUGCACCAGAACUAAAACCGCCCCAGCCAUCGCAGCACGUCUAUCGAGAGGAAUGUACCCAAUGCUUCGAUUCGGUUGAUAACCCCUCAGGUCUUAACGUCUGCCUCCACUGUUUCAACGGUGGCUGUUCUGACGACCGAAACCAUGCCUCUCUUCAUUACACGCGCUCAGGACAUCCUCUGGUCUUGAAUAUAAAGAGAUUACGGAAGAAGCUCCAGCGGGAUGAACCUCCACAUAAGAUUUCCAAGCUCGCCAUUGCUGCAGAAACGGAAGAAGAUAGGUAUGAGACUAUUACCAGCGUGCUUUGCUAUGAAUGCAAGGAAGAAAACAUCGACAAGGUUUCUGGGAAACUUCCCAGUGUGAUAGACGGAAUCAUGAAAGCCCUAUCCUUCACCGAACGCGAGGAGAUUAAAGCAUGGGAGCAGGAGUUUGUGCCAUGUGAACACACCUUGUUACUCCAGCAGCAGGAAGGCAGGAAAAUCGAGUCUACAGAUCUCACCCACUGUUCUAUGUGUGACUUGAAAGAAAAUCUUUGGCUCUGUCUCGAGUGCGGCAAUCUUGGCUGCGGUAGAAGCCAAUUCGGUGGCGUGGGAGGAAACUCGCAUGGUCUUGCGCAUGCGAAUUCUAGUUCUCAUGCUGUAGCUGUCAAACUCGGCUCCAUUACGGCAGAUGGCUCGGCAGAUAUUUAUUGCUAUAAGUGCAAUGAAGAACGGACGGAUCCUGAACUUGCCUCCCAUCUCGCUCACUGGGGAAUAAAUAUAGCCGAACGGGAGAAGACCGAGAAGAGUCUUAUGGAAAUGCAAAUCGAACAUAACAUGAAAUGGGAAUUCUCGAUGACAACCGAAGAUGGGCAUGAGCUGGAACCAAUUUUCGGUCCCGGUUUCACCGGGCUCAAGAACCUCGGGAAUAGUUGUUAUCUCUCAAGUAUCGUUCAAUGUCUACUAGCUCUGCCGGAGUUCCAGGACAGGUAUUAUCAUCCGCAAUCAGAUCCGCCUGAGUGCGCCUUCCCGGCGGAGGAUCUCGAGACGCAAAUGCGAAAACUGGCGGAUGGGAUCCUUUCAGGCAGAUAUUCGGGCCCUGAGACGAACAUAAACGCCACGCCAGAUACUCCAGAAGUCCCUCACCAGAAAGGUCUACCGCCGGCAAUGUUCAAACAUCUGGUCGGUCGAGGCCACGAGGAGUUCUCUACUAUGCGACAGCAAGAUGCUUUCGAGUUUUUGCUUCACCUCUUCAAGCUUGUCAGCUUAUCUAGACAUCCAGAACACCUUACAGACCCUGUACGGUCUUUUCGCUUUGUCGUCGAGCAGCGUCUGCAAUGCCUGUCCUGCAAGCGGGUGCGUUAUAGGCUCGAUGAGCAGGACAACAUCUCCGUUUCCGUACCUGCACGUCGCUUGCCUCCCAAUACCUACCCCUCUGAAGGAUCUGAAACCGACCAAUUUGAGUCUGUUACCCUAAAGGAAUGCUUAGACAUAUUCACAUCUGAAGAGACAGUUGAGCUAAAAUGCCCUGCUUGUGGAAGUAAUGACGGCUUUCGCAAGCGCUCUAUGUUCAAGACCUUGCCCCAAGAACUGGUCAUCAAUGCGAGGCGUUUUGAGCUGGUAAAUUGGGUUCCUACAAAACUAAACAUUCCAGUUCAAGUCAAUGAAGAUCCGCUGGACUUCAGCAACUACCUGUCUCGUGGCCAUCAAGAAGACGAAGAACUUUUGCCUGACGAAAAGAGCGAAGCAUUCACUGCAAACCAGGAGGCGCUCGACCAGCUCAUGAGCAUGGGCUUCCCACGCGUGCGAGCCGAGAAGGCACUUCAUGCAACCGGAAACGCUGAUGCGGAGGCUGCUAUGAACUGGCUGUUCGCUCACAUGGAAGACCCUGAUAUUGAUGAACCAUUGGUCCUUAAUCAAGCCACGGCCGACCAUGGUGAUUUACAAGACCCAGAGAAGAUUACACAACUAGGGGAAAUGGGGAUAGAUGCACGUCGCGCUAGGAAGGCACUCGCGGCCACAGAUGGUGAUAUCAAUAGAGCGGUGGACUGGGUUUUCAGUCACCCCGAUGAUUCGGACAGUGCAGAUAAUGGCGCAAUCAGCCCAGUAUCAAAUUCUGGAAAAGCGCGGGAAAUUCCCGGGUCCGUUGAUACUCCCGCUCAGUAUCAACUUCGGUCUAUAGUCUGUCACAAAGGCAGAUCGGUCCAUGCGGGACACUAUGUUGCCUUUGUCCGAAAAACUAUACCUGGAGAGAGUGGCUUAUCCUGGGUACUCUUUAACGAUGAAAAGGUGGUUAAAGCACAUGAUAUCGAGGAGAUGAAAAAGUUUGCGUAUUUGUAUUUCUUUAGUCGUGUCUAGAAUGUAGUGUACUGAAGAAUAAUAAAAGUUCUAUCGCCAUAAUUAACCGAUUUAUCUUUCAUAGUAUAAUGACAAUCUCUGAUUUAGCAGAAAGAAAUUAGUUAGAAAGCG